GAGCAGACCCUACAGAACCACCAGCAGCCCAACGGCGGCGAGCCCUUCCUGAUCGGCGUUAGCGGGGGCACGGCCAGCGGCAAGGAUGGUCAGCAUUAACAAACUGGACCUCCUUUGGAAGCCUCAAGUCUGAACAUUGUGGUACAGGAGGGCCUGGAAGCAAAGUCGAUACUCUACCCCCUGCAUAUUUGCUCUGUGCCUGUUAAAGGAAUUUGGGAGAAGGGAAAGGGCCCAAGGACAUCAACAAAAAAGGACAGUUUUAGAGCUAGAAGGAACCUCAGAGGCCCUGGAGUCCAACACUUCAUCUCAUCACUUACGGAUGAGAAAAAUAAUGAAUUCAGAUCAUAUAUUCGUCCCAGCUAUUGGCCUUGUUUAAGAAGAAUUGACUAAGGCAUGCCCGGAGAACACAAGUUUACACCUUCAACCUGGAAAGGGGCUACUUGGAAAUGGCUACAGAAUGGUUUCAGAGUCUUCCGUUUGUGCUAAGAUUGUGCAGCUCCUGGGACAGAAUGAGGUGGACUAUCGCCAGAAGCAGGUGGUCAUCCUGAGCCAGGAUAGCUUCUACCGUGUCCUCACUUCAGAGCAGAAGGCCAAAGCCUUGAAGGGCCAGUUCAAUUUUGAUCACCCGGAUGCCUUUGACAAUGAACUCAUCUUCAAGACACUCAGAGAAAUCACCGAAGGGAAAACAGUCCAGAUUCCUGUGUAUGACUUUGUCUCCCAUUCCCGGAAGGAGGAGACGGUUACCGUCUACCCUGCGGACGUGGUGCUCUUCGAAGGGAUCCUGGCCUUCUACUCCCAGGAAGUGCGAGACCUGUUCCAGAUGAAGCUUUUCGUGGACACAGAUGCGGACACCCGGCUCUCCCGCAGAGUAUUAAGGGACAUCAGCGAAAGAGGGAGGGACCUUGAGCAGAUUUUAUCUCAGUACAUUACAUUCGUCAAGCCUGCCUUUGAGGAAUUCUGCUUGCCAACAAAGAAAUAUGCUGAUGUGAUCAUUCCUAGAGGUGCAGAUAAUCUAGUGGCCAUCAACCUCAUCGUGCAGCACAUCCAGGACAUCCUGAACGGAGGGAUCUCCAAACGGCAGACCAACGGCUAUCUCAAUGGCUAUACCCCUUCACGCAAGAGGCAGGCCUCGGAGUCCAGCAGCCGGCCGCACUGACCCCCGUCUCCUCAGCCCCUGGCCCCGAUCUCCAAGGGACAGGAGGAGGGGGCAGGAGGCACUGUGCAUCUAUACAUAUGGUUUCCUAUGACAUUGCUGUAUUUAAGAAAACACCAUGGGGAUGAAAUGCCUUUUGUUUUUUUUGGGUUUUUUUUUGGUACUUCGGAGCAGCGAAAUGAAACAGAACUUGACCCUGAGCUUAAAUGACAAACUGUGCCAACUACUACUGGUGAUGCCUAAUUAUGACUUCAACGUGUAACCAGUUAUAAAUACAUAUAUAUAUAUAUAGAAAAGGAUCUAUUUUUGUGUAAAUGUACAAAUACUGUACAGCUGUUUGCCGUAAGUAUUCUGCAGGAGGGCCUGUACUUGAGUGUUUUGGGGGCUGGGGCUGGAGUUUCACCAAAGGGAAGUCGCCUGGUGGGUUCCAGGUGGGACAGGCUCAGGCAUCUGGGAGGGAGGCUCACGGCUCGCGGCUCUCACUGUCUGUGGGACUCGUUGGAAGUGGAGUUUGGAACUUUUGAUCGCUUCCCUUGCCAGAUGCCACCUUCUUGGUGCUGGAGCUUUAGGAUAAUGUUGAUGAGAGAUCCUCUUUUCUUUUCUGUUUUUUUUUUUUUUUUUUGAGUUGAAAUUAGGCAAGACCUCAACUCAAAAAUCAAACUCAGGGAAGGGGCCCACUGAGGGGAACGAGUCUUCUGCGUUUUUCUUCUUGCCCCUGCCCACCUCUGGCUGCUCUGGUAGCUCCACGCUUCCUUCCUGACUCAACCGCUUCUCAGUCUCUCCGAAAGCCAGAGCUGCCUCGCUCUCCUUCCCUGGUGGGGAUGUGAUGGGGUCGCUUCCUGAUUGAGUGGGGAAGGAGGGGACUAUGCCUGUCGUAUCGUCUGAGAUGCUGGUGCUUCCCAGGGAGGUCACCCAUGAGAUUCCUUGGGCUGUCCCCCAAGCUGUGGAGUGCACAGUGGACCUUGCAGUCUGGGCUUUGGUUGAGGACCUCUGCUGGCAGCCUGCCCCUCACAGGGUGGCAAGAGAGCUCUGCCGUAUAGGGAGCCUGUAGCUUUUGUUCCCCGAAGCGUGGGGAUUUGCAGCGAGGUGGGGAUAACAGGGACCGUCACUGGCAGCAUCACAGCCACAUUGAUUGACUUAUUUACCAUGCUGCCGAGUCACAUGGCAGCUGCCGGGCACGAGGGGCGGGGAAGGGGAGUGGCGUUUUUAAGUCACAAGUUGGAGUCUUAGGCUGAAAACGUUUGGGGUGGAGAAUUCCAGCUUUUCCGAGGGCUCCCUCUUGGUGAAAACUUCCUUCUUUGCAAGAAGUACAGAUUCCUGAAGAUUCCUGGUGGGGAGGGGUGGAGGAAGCAGGGGACCAAGCGAGAAGGAAGAGGUGUGAUUAUAGAGGCCUAAAGCGUCACCUUUUAACUGCAGAAGAGCCAGAACCUUUUCACCUCAGUGUGGACCAUCUCAGUGCUCGGUAGGCUAUGCCCUUAGUUAUACCCUUGUGACUGCCACAGCCUGAAACGUUCUGGGGAACCCUUCUCCUUCCAUUGCUUUCAUAGCCCCUUGAGCCAUUCAGAUAAACUGAUGCAGUUAACUCUAGUCACACGGAAGCAAACAGCACCAUGCAACUCCAUUUGACUCUUAACUCUGUUGGGCUGUGUCAGAAAGUCAAACCUAAUCCCCAGCAGGGCUUUGCCACCCCCUGAGACCUUCAGGAGACUGUGCUGCAGGCUCUGAGGGAGCCCCCCAAGGGCAGCAGCUGCCUGGUUGGAGAAGGGGAGGCUCCCGGGGUGCCUGCUCUGAAGGCCGGUACCUGGCGGGAUGGCCAAGCUCCGGAGUGCGUGUUUCCGAGUCAGUAUUGGUUAUCUUUCCAGUCAUGCCUUGUGCGGUUCCGAGAUGAAGGGUAGACGGCAGGCCUGGAUUAGGAUCCUGAGGACCCAAGGGUCUCCUGCCUUGUUGGGUGGGGCCUGUCUGUGCUCAGGGGAAGCCCGUCCCUGUCUGGGAGAGCCUCGGCCCUUCGAUGGUAGCAUGGUCAACUUUACUUGAAGCUCCCAGGUGCCAAACCAUUCAGUGCCUUGGCUGUCUAUCCCACUGCCUCGGAAGAUGGAUUCUUCUCAUCUCUGAGCCUUGACUCACUUAGCCGCUUCCUCAUCUACCCAUGGUGUUGGGACCAAGCGUCCAGUGUCUCCGAGAAGCCCUGUCCCCGCUGGAAGCAGCUCUAGGGCUGCCCUGCCUCUGGGUAAAACCAUCACCAAUUCUUGGUGUCUUGGUUGGGGGCUCACUGGGCCGUGCUGACGACUCCUCUGGUUCUGUGACAUAGUACGUCUGGGGCAAGGAGGGGACAGGAAGCUCUGCCUUUGUGUGGUGACCCCAGCGUUUAGCCAACUGAGUAUCUGAAUUUGAGCUUUCUAUGUGGCAAGUCCCGGACUUGGUAUUUUAAGAGUCACUGGAUCUCUGAUUCCAUUGGAGAGUCAGAUAGAGUCAUUAGGCCAGAAAUCAUGACGUGAGUCAUCUGGGUACCCUUUGCUGCCCGGGGAGGCGAUAUGGAUGAGCAGAGUGGGGCAGUGUUGGUCGUGUGUACAUAGGAGUCCCCUGGCUUCAGACGUACCCGGUGGUGCUUGCUUCUCCCAGCUGCGCAGGUGUUGUCCGAGGACCAUGUGUUUAGGGAACAGGCAUUGUGUCGUGGGAAGGCCUGGUCCCAUGCUCCUUCACCCCAGUGGAGCUUCUGCUGCCCUGGGUUUCUUGUUCUUGGGCAGCCUGAGACCAGUAGGAGCAGAGAGAUGGCAGUGUGUGUACGGAAGAUGCAGUGUUGUGACCUCAGGUGUCCUUUGAUUUGGAAUGGUUAGGGUAGGCCCUCAAAGAGGCAGUGGUCUCUGAAGAACAGGCUGGGGAGGGUGGCAGGGAAAGGUCUCCGGUUCACCCUUCAGAACCUGUUGUCUCUGCGGCAACCCACUGUGGUCUUGGGUGCUGGGCAGUCAAGGACACUGGCUUCUUGCCCCUCCUGGGCUGGCUUGGACACUUGUCUCUGUGCCCAGGGUGGGUUGCCAGUCUCAUGAGGCCACUAGGUCAGGCUAAGGCUUGUGUGCGGGAGGGACUGGAGCCCAGCUCGUUUGUGUAUCACCUCCUUUGCUGUCCUUGUGUGGCUUCCCUGAUUUAACAUCCUUGACCUGCACUAGGGCCCGAGGCUAUGGGAGGGAAGUAGUAGCCUCUUGCAGGGAAGUGUUUUCCUCUGCCCUGGAGUCUCCCACCUGCCUGUCCACAACCGUGUGGGUGAGGCAGGCUAGGGAGGUUCUGGGUCCCAGGGCUGGGCUUCUGAGAAGGGCUGACUGGACCUCUCUGCCACUCCUCCCCUUCACCCUGACCUCAGGGUGGAGUGGGGAAAGUCUCGGUGUCCGAGCAAACGAGAGGGAGAGCAGGCUGGGGAAACCGUCGAGGUGAGCCUGGAGCUGAGUCCCCUCUGAUCUUGGUCUCUGGGCCUUCUGCGGCCCUCCUGGGACAGGGGGCUGGUUACAGGUCAGCAUCCGGCCACCCUUAGAGGCAGUGAGUGCCUAGCCAGUCCUGCCUUAGGAACAGGGUGAGUAGGUAAAUAAAGACGUAGGCUUCUUUUUGUCUUUUAGAUGCUUGCGCUUCCCCCUUUUCUUUCUACUGCCCUGCCUUUAUUGUUAGCAGUUACAUAAAUGACCACAUACUCUGUACUUUGCUGUAAAUAAAGACUGAACAGAAAAGAA